GUGCAACAUUUCAAAAUGAAGUUCCUCCUGAUCCUCGCUUGCCUCUCUCUGUACAUCGCUUACAUCGAUGCCCAGCGCUUCUGCCAAGGACGUCCUGUUUUCCAGGUAUGCACUGGCGGUCGGGAUGAGGGAAACAGCAAUGGACGCUUCUGCGGCGCCUCUUCCCAGAACGAGAUGUGGUUCUACAACAGCCGGAACAGGAACUGCGAGAAGAUGAGGUACCGCGGCUGCGGCGGCAAUAACAACCGCUACUGCAGCAACCAGGAUUGCCUUGAAAAGUGCAGGCGCUGA